UAUCAACUUCACAGGAAAGGAGACUAUUUCCGUUAUAAGGCUGAAUUUAGUAAAGAUGAUGAAAGGAAGAAUGCUGCACAGAAAUCCCUUGAGGCUUACAAAGCAGCAUCUGAUCUAGCAGAGAUUGAACUGGCAUCCACCAAUGCCAUUCGCCUGGGCCUGGCUCUCAACUUUUCUGUGUUCUAUUACGAAAUCCUCAACUCACCAGAUCGGGCAUGUCGGUUGGCCAAGACAGCAUUUGAUGAAGCCAUUAUCAAGAUAGAGACUCUGGAAGAAGACAAAUAUAAAGACAGCACAUUGAUCAUGCAGCUCCUGAGAGACAACUUGACACUUUGGACUUGUGACAUGCAAGGAGAUGGUGAGUUAUACUUUUUUGUAGCUCCCAUUGCUAGGGCCACUUUUAGUUAA